AUGGCAGGCCAACAAUUCCCCACUGAUGUUAAAGCUAAAUAUGUCCCAUAUGACAAUGAACAUUCAGAGAUCUUGAAAGCUGGUGCUCCAAAACCACUUGAUUUGGCAGAAGAGUUAAAAGAUGGAACUGUCGUGGUUACUGCUAUUCCUGGAGCCUUCACUCCAACCUGUUCCCUUAAACAUAUCCCAGAUUAUAUCAAAAGCGUCGAUAAAUUGAAAAAAAAGGGCGUCAAGAGAGUUAUCGUUUUGGCGGUAAAUGACCCAUUUGUGUUAUCGGCUUUUGGUAAAGCGGUUGGUUACAAAAACGAGGAGAACUUUGUCAUUUUUGCUACUGAUCCAGAAGGUCAAAUUUCAAGUCAAUUGGGUGAAGACUAUGUCUUAGAUUUGAGUAAUGCAGGUUUGGGAAAGAGAUUACAAAGGUAUGCUGCUAUUGUUAAAGAUGGUGAGAUUUACUAUUUAGCUAAUGAAGAUGGCGGUGAUUUCACAGAUAAGUCAAGUGCUGAAACAUUACUUGACAAGUUGUAA